AUGCUGCUCGCAAAGCUCUUCCUGCUUCCCGCGGCGGUUGCGUCAUCCGUCACAGUCUACAUGCACUCGGUGCCUUCCACAUCAUCCCCGCAAACCGCCGUUAUCCCCUCGCCCAUCCCACUUGUUCAAAUAUCCUACGAUGCCGACCAAACCACUGGCACCGUAGUCUCCUACACGCCGCCGCAAGGCUCGUACGCCUCAGAUCAUCUCUUGCGCAUAGGUCUUCACGACACAAAGGCAGGCACAUGGAAAGGCAUUCUCACAUCAGCGGCGAGCUUCGCGGAGGAGUACAAGAAGAAGUUUGUGGUGCAUGUUGACGAGAAGGGAGAACCAUAUCAUGUCGGUUUCAGCACGAGUGUCAAGGGAGCCGGAGAGGGAGACGAGCUGGAGGUCGAGGUCGUCAGACGAGAGGUCGGACCGAAGCCGGUACUGAACAAGCCAGUCGUGCUUAAUGCGGACGGCAGGAUCGAUUCCAAGGAACCCGAGAAGACAUUCAUCCAAAAAUAUUGGUGGAUGAUUGCAAUUUUCCUGGUCGUACAACUGGUCGCAGGCGGCGGAAAGGAGUGA